UCCGCCGCCGUAGCGGGCAGCGGCCGUUUCCCCGGCGACGCUCCUCCGUAAACGGAGAGCUCAAUUUUCUACGCGACAUGACUGUGGCUCCUAACCUUCCAAGGCUGAAGAAGGUCUUCAACCCUAAUCCCAAUGAUGGAAGAAGAUCCCAGUAUUUCCUCUCUACUCUCAGCCAUGUGUUCUCCAAACCUUCCGCCGCCCGUCCGGCCGCCGCCGUUGAAGAAGAAGAAGGCGCCGACGGCGCAAAUCCGAAAUUAAGCUCGCGAAAGAAAGCUCUGGCAAUGGCUCAGCUGAUCAAGUUCAGGCCAUGGACAAAGGAAACGGAGUCUUCUCUCGCCGCCAUCUCCGGCCCCAUUCUCUCCGAGAUCACCAUUCUUCACACCCUCCGUCUCAUCAAAGCACAUCGGAAAUCCCUGCAAUUCUUCGCCUGGGCCGAAAACAGCGGCUUUAAACUCACAUCCCAGGGCUAUUUCCUCAUGCUGGAACUCCUCGGGAGAGAAAGGAACCUUAAUUCCGCCAGGAACUUCCUCUUCUCCAUCCCUGAUAGAUCCAAAGGCGCCGUGAAGCUUGAAGCCAGGUUCUUUAACAGUUUGAUAAAGCACUAUGCCCUAGCUGGCCUCUUUGAAAAAUCUGUGACCCUUUUCACAACGAUGAAGCUAAUGGGGGUUUCCCCAUCUGCAGUGACAUUCAAUACCCUGUUUUCAAUUCUGAUGAAAAGGGGCCGGACGGGCAUGGUCUACCAACUGUAUGAUGAAAUGCUCGAGACAUUUGGAGUGAAGCCUGAUUUGCAUACUUUCAAUAUUUUGAUCAAAGGGUGUUGUAUGAAUUCUAUGGUGAGCCAAGGGUUUAGGUUCUUUAAGGAAAUGGAGAAGCACGAGUGCGAGCCAAACGUGAUCACCUACAACACCCUUGUUAAUGGUCUUUGUAGGGAUGGGAAGGUGAAAGUCGCGCGAAACGUGGUUGAUGGAAUGCUAAAAAGGGGCUCAAAUCUGACCCCUAAUGUUGUUACUUACACAACUUUGAUCAAAGGAUAUUGCAUGAACAGAUCCAUCGACGAGGCUUUGAGUGUUUUGAAAGAGAUGGUUGAUCUUGGCUUAGAACCAAAUAACAUAACUUAUAACACCCUCAUACAUGGCCUUAUCCAGGCUCAGGAGUUUGACAGAGUGAAGGAGUUAUUCAAGAUGGCUAGCGAGAAAGGAGGGUUCGUUCCCGACACGUGUACAUUCAACACCGUGAUCAACAAGCAUUGCGAAGAAGGGAACAUGAAAGCAGCGUUAGAAGCUUAUGAGAAGAUGUCUGUUCUAAAAGUUCAUCCUGAUUCAGCCACAUUCAGUAUCUUGAUAAGAUGCUUGUGUGAGAAGGAAGAUUUUGAGGCAGCUGAGAAACUUUUCGAUGAUUUAUUUGACUCAGAGGCCGUCUUAUCUGAAUCUGGAAGCAGACCUAUCGUCGCGGCAUUUAACCCCAUGUUCAAAUAUUUGUGUAACAACAGGAAGACAAAGAAGGCCGACAAAGUCUUUAGACAGCUAAUGAAGAGAGGAGUUCAAGAUCCUUGUACUUUCAAGACUCUCAUCAUGGGACAUUGCAACGAGGGAGCCUCUGGCGAUGGACAGCAACUUUUGGUUUGGAUGCUGAGGAGAAACUUCGUGCCAGAUCAUGAAACCUAUGAAUCUCUGAUCCACUGCCUGUUGCGCGAAGCCAAACCACAACUCGCCUACAAUACCCUUGAAAAGAUGUUGAAAAGCUCCCAUCUUCCUGAAACAUCAAUUUUCCACGACAUUCUUACUGAGCUCGCCAAACAGGAGUGCGCUCUAGAGUGUGCCGAUUUAGUGGUGUUAAUGUUACACAAGAAAAUCAGACCAAACAUCACUCUCUCGACAGAAACCGUGAGGGUACUUCUCAAAUCCGGUCUGCACGGACGGGCAUUUGGGGUUCUUGAAGGUCUAUAUGAGAAAGGGUAUUUGGUAAACAUUGAAGAGCUGGUUGUCUUUCUUUCGAAGAGGAAGGAGUUAUCUAAAGCGCGAGAACUGUUGCUUUAUGGCCUAAAGAAUGGCCAGAGUGUAGGAAUGGAUAUCUGCAGCAAUCUUUUGACUGCACUCUGCAAGGAAGAUUUCAGAGUUGAAGAAGCCUUUGAGCUUUACUAUGAGUUACUGGAGAGGGAAGAUAAAGUGCCUUUCGAGUGCUUAGAGGUUUUAAAACUUAGACUAGAAGCGGAGGGGAAGUCUACCGAAGCCGAAUUUGUUGCCAAGAGGAUGCCAAAACAGGAAACCUAAUUUUUUGCACACCCAGAAAGUUGAGCCACAUUUGUCUACACCAAUUCAUGGGAAGUUAGUUCUACAACAACAAAAACAACCUAGUAAAAUCCCACAAGUAGGGAUGGUAUGGGGAGGGCAGACCUUACCCCUACUGUGAAGCAGAGAAGCUAUUUCCAAGAAACCUCGAGCUGAGAAACAGAUGCCAAACAAAGAAGCUACCGAAGCAUGCACGAAGUUCACUACUGAUUCAAGGGAAGUUUUGAAUGAAGAAUACAGGUAGAAGAUCAUCCCAUUCUGGCAAUUUACCACUUUACCCCCUCAGUUCUCACAUGAUGAGUUGUUA